GUGGACGUACAAUGUCUAUCAAAGUAGCUACAUGUGUUAUGGCAGUCUUGUUUAUUGCCCAAAUAACAUUUUUCUUUUCAUUUAAUACUAAGAGUAAAAUAAAAGUCAAUCAGAAAUACAAAAUAGUAAGUGGAAUAAAGGAAGCAUUGGAGCUAAAUACAUCUAGAACUUGUACGGCCAUUAAGAUUUGGAAAACAAAGGAUAAAAGUAUGACAACAAAGCCCAAGAUGUUGCCAAUAUGCCCAUCGACCCCGCCAAAUCAAGUUGGCUGUUUGCGAACAUAUCAUCAAGGACCACCAUUAAAAGAUUUAGAGACAAUUUUGGACCAUCUAAACCCAGGCGGACGUUACGCCCCACUGAUGUGUGAAACUAGCCAGCGAGUAGCCAUAGUGAUACCCUACCGGAACAGAGAAUUACAGCUGCGCACGGUCCUCUAUAACCUCCAUUUAAUGCUUCGAACACAGCAGCUUGACUACGGAAUAUUCUUAGUCGAACAGGCUGGAAGCAACACUUUUAACAGGGGGAUGCUGAUGAACAUUGGAUAUGCCGAAGCUAUAAAAACAUACAAUUACACGUGUUUUGUUUUCCAUGACGUCGAUCUCAUUCCUGAGGAUGACCGCAUCUACUACGGGUGUGGAACAAACGUACGCCACCUGUCUGUUGCAAUCAACAAGUUUAAUUAUAGAAUAGUCUUUCCAAACCUUAUCGGUGGAGUGACUCAGUUGCCGAGAGCUGCUUUUGAAAAGAUCAACGGAUUUUCUAAUUUGUACUUUGGAUGGGGAGGAGAGGAUAACGAUUUAGGUUUCAGAAUCCGUAACGCCAAGUUAAUUGUUGAAAGGCAAAGCAUAGCGAUAGCACGUUACAGAAUGAUAAAGCAUCUCCAUGAACGUUCUAAUGCACCAAAUCCCAUAAGAUUCCAAUUAUUGAAAAACGCCAUUCGGCGGAUCAAUAGUGAUGGGCUUAACACUCUAAAGUAUAGAGUGUUACACAAGAAAGAAGAAAAACUGUAUACUAAUAUAACAGUUGAAAUUAAGAAAGAAGACUAUAACCUUUAAGAACCAACAGUCACUGCGAUGUAGUAUACAAGUUCUUCACCGGUUCCACUUGGUCAACGACGAGGAUAGCAAGUCUUUAAGUAGGACAAACUGUUAUCGGACACUUAAUUUAAAUAUUCUGUUUAGAAAAUAUUCACGACUAUGACUUUGUGAGAAGCCUUUAAUGAAACCAAUACUUAGGAUGUUAAAAGAUUAUCAAACUAUCUUAGCCGAUCUGAGAAAAACACAAAUGCAACUAUGCCUGCAAUGAAAUUAAUACUAAAAUCCACUUUUUGAUAGCCUGGACGGCGAUAUCACCCAAUGUUAGUUGAACUGAGGAAUACAACCAUGCAAAUUUACCAACAAUGAAAAAACAUACUUCAAUAAUUAAUUUAACUGGAAGAAGAAUAUCUUGGCUAUCAAAGACAAAACCGUCAAGAUGAACACCGGUUCUAUGAAGCCCACAUGUACAACACCCAAUAUCUAUCCCGAGUACCAAAAUUGUAAAAAGAAUAUUAUGCAGGUACUCCAAGCUCACUACUUGUUUGUACCCAUAUUGUAUCCUUUCAUUAAUUUUAGGUAAAAUUUGAAUCAAUCAGCGGAUAAUUAAGUAUCAUACAUACAACAAAAUAGAGCGAAAGGGCACAGGAAUAUAAGCAAGGUAUUGACACAUGAUUGAACACGGGAAAAUUGGGA